CCCGGGGGGACUUUAACCCUGAGCCCCUCCGCAGCCAAAGCCUGGGGCAGCCCCGCGCUCUGCAGAAUCUGUUCCCAGCCGGAGAGACGCUCACAAAACCCAGCCAGCCGAAUUGGACCAGAAUGUUAUAACUCUCCAGACACUACGCCGUGGCAUCCCAUGGGCAAAAUCAGGUCUCACUUUGCACGUGCAGUCAAGGGAGCUAACAGCUGGUAGAUCGGAGAGGAGGGAUACAAUUUCAGCUGAGCCGAAAUGAACCAUGGCACACGAAGGGAAGGUGUGUAAGAAGGAAAAGAAUUCCCAGCAGGAAAGCCCCACGCAGAUGGAACUCCAUGGGGGAGAAUCAAAAAGAUAUGAACAUAACACUUCCUGGAGUGUCGACCAAGCAACAUCCUGUGAGAGCCGAGGCGCGUCUGAGACAAACCAGCUGCGGAAGGAAGUGCCUGAAUCCAUGACUUGUGAAGAAGACUGCAUGGACCUCAAGGAAAGCCCUGCCCACGAGGGAAUACACCCACAAGAGAGAAAAAACCCAUGCACAAAGUGCAGGAAGAGUUUCCGUUUGAGAUCACGGUUGCUUACACACCAGAAAACACACAAUGGUGAAAACCCCUAUAAAUGCCUUGAGUGUGAAGAAAGAUUCCUUCGGCGCUCAAAUCUUAUUGUGCAUCAGCGAAUCCAUUCCAGAGAAAUGCCCUAUACGUGCCCUGAGUGUGGGAAAACGUUCAAUAGGCGUUCAAACCUGACUAGACACCGGAAGAUCCACACGAGAGAAAAACCUCACACAUGCCCUGAUAGUGGAGAAAAAUUUAGUGACAAAUCACAACUUACUGUGCAUCCAAAAACCAACAGUAGAGAAAGAACUUAUAAGUGUAUUGUUUGUAGGCUAAAAUUUUGUGACCAAGCACAUCUUAUUACGCAUCAGAGAACCCACAUGAGAGAAAAGCCCUAUAACUGCCUUGACUGUGGGAAGACUUUUUCUAAGAGUUCAGAUCUUAUUUCACAUCACAGAACCCACACGGGAGAGAAACCGUACAAAUGCCAGGACUGUGGGAUGAGUUUCAGUUGGAAGUCAAACCUAAUUCGACAUCAGAGGACCCAUACAGGAGAGACACGGUAUGAAUGCCCUGAGUGUGGAAAAGGGUUUUGUGAAAACUUCCACUUUCUUGCACACCAGAGAACUCACACGGGCGAGAAGCCCUACAAAUGCCCUGAGUGUGGAAAAGAGUUUUAUGACAACUCCCAACUUCUUGCACACCAGAAAACUCACACGGGAGAGAAGCCCUAUAAAUGCCUCGAGUGUGGGAAAAGAUUCCUUAAUAGUACAAAUCUCAUUGCACAUCAGCAAAUCCACACUGGAGAAACACCCUAUAAUUGCCAUGACUGUGGGAAAAAAUUCAGUUGCAGUUCCAACUUGACUAGACACCAGAAAAUACACAUGAGAUUGAAACCUUCUACAUGCCUUGAUGGUGGGGAAAUACUUAGUGAUCAAACAGAAUUUAAUGUGCCUCAAAGAACCCAUGGUGGAGAGAACUCUUACAAAUGCCUUUGCAGUGAGAAGACUUUUUGUCAGUGCUCACAUCUUAUUUCCCAUCAUAGAAUCCACAAGAGAGAGAAACUGCAUAAAUGCCAGGACUGUGGAAAGAGUUUUAAUCAGAGGUCAAACCUAAUUCGACAUCAGAAGAUUCAUACAGGAGAGACACCGUAUAAAUGCACUGAGUGUGGGAAAGAAUUUAAUGAGAAAUCACGACUUAAGCAACAUCAGAAUAUCCACAGAGAGGAUACACGCUUUAAAUGCCUUGAGUGUGGGAAAAGUUUUUGUGGCAAUUCAUACCUUCUUGCACAUCAGAGAACACACACGGGAGAGAGACCGUAUGCCCAAACGCCUUGCGAUCAAGCCCUCGCUAUUGACCAAUCAAUCGCAAUCAACAGUGUUUAA